GAACUGUCAUCAGUUUAGAACUUUGUUGAUAUUGGUUCAAGAGAUUAUUUCUCAUUCUCAGUGUGUGAUUGUGGCAGUAUUUGAGAAAAAAUGUUUCGUAGCCGAUAUGAUCACAUUUCAGAGCUUAUUGAUCUCUAUCAACGACUUGAUUCAUCAAACAUCAGUACCUUAAUAGAAGAUUCCACUUCAAUAACCGAAGACAUAGAAAAACUAAGAGGGUUCUUAAAAACUGAAAUUGAAUCUUUCACCAUCUUUAUUAUUGACGGUUUACUUGGCCUCAAUGGAACAAUGGAUAUAAAAUUUAUCGAAAAAGUCAUUGAAUUUAAUCCAAAUUUUGUAGGCGAAACACUAUCAAAGGUUAUUUCUAAAUUUUAUCUCGAAAUUGGUUUCAAAACUUUUUUUAAAAUGAUUACUAAUAUCAAGAAUAACAUCUCAUCUAUCUAUGCUAUUGAAGCUUUAUUCAAUCAAAUAAUCGUCGAUGGUGAAAAACAUCGAGAUGAAGCAUGUGAACUUACAACUAAAUUACAAGAAAUCUCUUCUUGUCAAGAUUUCAACACUUUAUCAACUGAUUUAAUAUUAAAAGUUGAAAAUAUGAUUGAGAGUAUGAAACCUCAUGCUAGACCAAUUAUACGAAAAAAUUACUAUCAUGUAAGCAUGCCAUUGAAAGAAGGCGAUGAUGAAAAUGGAGUUAGUUAUCCGAUUUUCUCUAAAAACGAAAAUUGGGCGGAACAUCAUUUGGUUAUGUCACAAAUUAUUCAUACUUUUAAUGAACAACAUCAAAAGGUGAAGAAAAUAUUGAAAAAAUAAAUAAAAUUGAAAAAAAAAUUUGUCUGAAACUCAUUGUACUU